CCUUCCCUCCCAAGGAUGCCUGGAUCAUGUAUGCGUCAAAGGGAGUCGGCGAUUGCGAGAGGUGGAGGAGCGAGGUGGAAUUACGCUGUACGCUAUCGGGAGGAAGAUGCGCCGGCUUCAACGAUCGACGGGCGCCGCAAGGGAGCAUGCCUCUUCUGCCAAGAGUAUUUCAUGGACCUUUAUCUGCUGGCUGAGCUAAAGACAAUCUCUCUGAAGGUCACCACUGUCGACAUGCUGAAGCCACCCCCAGAUUUCAGGUCAAACUUUGAGGCCACUCCCCCCCCUAUCCUCAUCGACAACGGCCUGGCUGUGCUCGAGAAUGACAAGAUCGAGAGACACAUCAUGAAGAAUAUUCCAGGAGGCCACAACCUCUUUGUUCAGGACAAGGAUGUUGCACAGCGAACUGAAAACGUUUACAGCGUAUGUUGAAUAAUUUUUAUUUUC